CGCGCGUUGUGGUUCCGGGGCAUUCUCAGCAUGGAUCCAGCGGCGGAGGGCGACGCUGAGAUGUUGGGGGCACCCGACCCGGAGCUGGCGGCCACCAUGGGCUUCUCCGGCUUCGGGAAGAAAGCUCGGACUUUCGACCUGGAAGCCAUGUUUGAGCAAACGAGAAGAACUGCGGUGGAGAGGAGCAGAAAGGUCUUGGAGGCUCGUGAAAAAGAGAAGGAGGACCAGGCUGAAAAGGAGUUGAGAAGUGCAUGCACUGACUCAUCACCAUCAGUCUCCAGUGCACCAGGACCUGGUUCAAAAGUAACCCAAAGAGAGUCAACUAGCAGUGAAAGUGAAGACAGCUCAGAGGAAGAGGUAUCUGGUCCUUCUAUGCAACCCCAGUCGUCGGCUCCAGGUCCAGCUGAGGAUACAGAUGAUGAUGAAUUCAUUGGGCCACCACUUCCACCUGGAUUCAAGGACAGUGAUGAUGACAAUGAUGAUACAGAAGAGGAAGAUAAUAACCCUGUCAAGAAAAUUCCAGAUUCUCAUGAAAUUACACUCCAACAUGGGACAAAAACAGUUUCUGCCCUGGGGUUGGAUCCUUCAGGUGCCCGUUUGAUAACUGGUGGAUAUGACUAUGAUGUUAAAUUUUGGGAUUUUGCUGGAAUGGAUGCCUCUCUCCAAGCUUUUCGGUCACUCCAGCCUUGUGAAUGUCACCAAAUCAAAUCUUUACAGUACAGCAGCACAGGAGAUGUCAUUCUCGUUGUCUCUGGUAACUCUCAGGCAAAAGUUCUUGACAGAGAUGGCUUCCCAGUAAUGGAGUGCAUAAAAGGAGACCAAUACAUUGUGGAUAUGACAAACACAAAGGGUCACACAGCAAUGCUCAAUUCAGGCUGUUGGCAUCCAAAAAUAAAGGAAGAAUUUUUGACAUGUUCUAAUGAUGGAACUGUGAGAACAUGGGAUGUUAACAAUGAAAAAAAGCAUAAAAGUGUAUUUAAACCACGAUCAAUUCAAGGUAAACGGGUGAUUCCUACAACUUGCACGUACAGCAGAGAUGGUAAACUUAUUGCAGCUGGCUGUCAAGAUGGCUCCAUCCAGAUCUGGGAUAGGAAUAUGACUGUACACACAAAGUUCCACUGCAGGCAAGCCCAUGAUCCAGGCACUGACACUUCGUGCUUGACAUUUUCUUAUGAUGGUACUGUCCUUGCCAGCCGGGGAGGAGAUGAUACUUUAAAACUGUGGGAUAUUAGGCAAUUUAAAAAGCCUCUUAAUUCAGCAGAAAGACUGUCCAGCUUCUUUCCAAUGACAGAUUGCUGUUUCAGCCCAGAUGAUAAAAUCCUCGUCACAGGCACCUCUGUUAAGAAAGGUGGUGGCAGUGGGAAGCUUAUUUUCUUUUAUCGGGAAACAUUUCAGAAGUUGUAUGAGAUAGAAGUUACAGAUGCGAGUGUUGUGCGUUGCCUUUGGCAUCCCAAGCUGAACCAGAUCAUGGUUGGUACAGGAAAUGGUUUGGCCAAAGUGUACUAUGAUCCUGUCAAAAGUCAGAGGGGAGCAAAAUUGUGUGUGGUCAAAACAAAACGAAAAGAAAGACAAGCAGAGACUCUUACACAGGAUUAUAUUAUAACACCCCAUGCACUUCCAAUGUUCCGUGAACCACGACAGCGAAGCACCAGGAAACAGCUGGAGAAGGACAGGCUGGACCCUAUGAAGUCUCACAAACCUGAACCUCCUGUAGCAGGACCAGGUCGUGGUGGGCGUGUUGGAACUCAUGGAGGCACAUUGUCAUCAUAUAUAGUCAAGAAUAUUGCACUGGAUAAGACAGAUGAUAGCAACCCUCGAGAGGCUAUUUUACGUCACGCAAAAGAAGCGGAGGAGAAUCCAUACUGGGUUGCUCCAGCAUAUGCUAAAACGCAGCCAAAAACAGUUUUUGCGGAAGUGGAACCAGAAGAUGAUGAAACAGACAAGCCAGAGUGGAAAAAACGUAAAAUUUGAAAAAAUUGCUUCAAAGAAUAAUUUUGGAACAUUUAAAACAAAGGGCAGCAUUUAUUUCUUUAUUUUGGGUCAAAAUUUGAAAGCAAAAAUUACUUCAGUUCAUAAAGCUUGCUGCAGUGUAAAAAGUGAUCGUUGUAUUACACUGGAUUCUAAUCCCACAUCUGAAUUUUGUAACAAGGAAUGAAUUAUAUUGUGAGAAGAACUUCUCUCCAUGUCAGUUAGUUAUCCAUGAUUUAAUCGAAAAAUAUUUCUUUAUAAAUAGUACUGUAGUAAAUUAAUUGUUUUGACAAAUGGUUUUAAUUACUGCCAACUUUACAAAUGCUGUAUCAUGACAGUGUUCAAAGCUUUGAAGUAUAUGAAUAAAAUACUAGUUUCUCAGA